AUGAAUUCUCAAGACGAUAUUCAAAUUAUCGAUAACGAGAUUGAUGAAUGCGACGAAGAGGAAUUGAUAAAGGAUAUCAAAGAGAGACAAUUGGAAAUUAAACAUAAGAGACAAAUAUUAGAUGACUUGAGAAACAAAAUGAUAGUUGAGGAACUGCAAAAACAUCAACUCGAAAGGAAACUAAUCGAAUAUAGAGAAGAGAUCAAUUUUAACAAAAAACAUGUCGCUAGUAAUAGCAAGAGAUUAAUUCGAAAGAAAAGGAUAGGCACAAAAUUUGAACUUGCUAGAGAAUGUUUCAAAAGGGUACUAAUUUUAGAUCCGGAAGAAGAGCCUAAACCUUUAACCCAAUUCGAUUUGGACUUCAACUCUACUGCUCCAAAAUCGAAAAAUAACUGCACUGGAUUACUAAAAGAAAUACAAGAGAAUAAUAAACAUUUUUCGCAGAAAAUACAAGAGAAUUUCAAAAAACUGGACAGCCUGGUGUAUACACCUCGCACAAUUGGUUUUAAUUUACCAAUAAAACAUGACAGAGAUUUUAAAAUGUUUAAAAUAAAGCGUGAAAAUAUCAAAUAA